CACUCACGCGCUUUUGGCACUGGUUGCCAUGGAAGGUUAUCAAGUGCAAAACCGGCGGAAGCAACGGCACUCUGAGCAAAGACACUGAACCUGCCGGUCGGCCCGGCGGACACAGGAUAAAAUACGGACCCCUGAGGUUUAAGGGGUGACAAUUAGGAAGCAGUAAGGUGCACUGUGUUUUUACAGCAGGAAGAGUAAGCGAGUGAUUAAGUCUGUCACAUUCAGUAUGUCUGCAUGGCUGCAGCAGGAGGCUGGCCCAACCAGUUCUGCUGAAGCAAAGAAAUCAGAGCCCAGAGGCCAAGAGAAGAAAUGCUCAUGGGCGUCUUACAUGACCAACUCCCCCACAUUAAUUGUCAUGAUCGGCCUCCCUGCCAGAGGCAAGACAUACAUGUCGAAGAAACUCACACGCUACCUCAACUGGAUAGGAGUUCCCACAAAGGUGUUUAACCUUGGUGUGUACCGGAGGGAAGCAGUUAAAGCAUACAAGUCAUAUGAUUUCUUCAGACAUGACAAUGAGGAAGCCAUGAAGAUACGGAAACAGUGUGCCUUGGUGGCCCUUAAAGAUGUCAAGACCUACUUUAAUGAGGAAGGUGGACAAAUAGCUGUAUUUGAUGCCACAAACACAACUCGGGAGAGGCGAGAUCUCAUAUUAAAUUUUGCACAGGAGAAUGCAUUCAAGGUGUUUUUUGUGGAGUCAGUAUGUGAUGAUCCAGAGGUUAUUGCUGCUAACAUCCUGGAAGUCAAGGUUUCAAGUCCAGAUUAUCCAGAAAGACACAGAGAGAGAGUCAUGGAUGAUUUCCUUAAACGCAUUGAAUGUUAUAAAGUCACUUACCAACCACUAGAUCCUGAUGAAUAUGACAAAGACCUGUCCUUCAUCAAGGUGAUGAACGUGGGCCGUCGGUUCCUGGUAAACCGUGUUCAGGACUACAUCCAGAGCAAGAUUGUCUAUUACCUCAUGAACAUCCACGUACACUCGCACUCCAUCUACCUCUGCAGGCACGGAGAAAGCGAGCACAACGUCCAGGGCCGCAUCGGAGGAGACGCUGAACUCUCCUCACGAGGGAGACAGUUUGCGAGUGCCCUGCGUGGGUUCAUUGAGGAGCAUAAGCUGUCCGACUUGAAGGUUUGGACCAGCCAGUUAAGGAGAACCAUCCAGACGGCUGAGGAGCUGGGAGUUCCCUAUGAACAGUGGAAAAUCCUCAACGAGAUAGAUGCCGGUGUAUGUGAGGAGAUGACCUACGAAAUGAUCCAAAACACAUUCCCAGAAGAGUUUGCUUUAAGGGAUCAGGACAAGUACCACUACAGAUAUCCAGGAGGAGAGUCAUAUAUGGAUCUGGUUCAGCGCCUGGAACCUGUGAUUAUGGAGCUUGAGAGACAAGGCAAUGUCCUAGUCGUCUGCCAUCAGGCAGUUAUGCGCUGCCUACUAGCUUAUUUCUUGGACAAGAGUGCAGAUGAUCUCCCGUAUUUGAAAUGUCCCCUUCACACUGUCAUGAAGCUCACUCCUGUUGCCUAUGGUUGCAAAGUGGAAAUGUUUUAUCUGAAUGUGGAAGCAGUGAAUACACAUCGGGACCGACCGCUGGGGAAAGUCAGACGAGACUCUGCCCCUCUGCUGCUAAGGCGGAAUAGUUACACCCCACUUUCCAGUCACGACCAGGUUAAGCGGCCCCGCCUCUACAGCGCUGGCAACCGGUCCUGGCUGCCCCUCACCCCCUCCCCCACUGCCCUGCACUUCUCUGACACGCCAGGCGGGGCGCUGCUGCUUCAGCAAAGCCAAUCUCGUGUGGUUGGCAGUCAUCUGACUCCUUAUGUGAAGGAAUCAACUUUGACUGCCCAGACGAAGUUAAUGACUGUUUCCGCUUCUGAGUGAGAUGGGAGAAUUUAUAAAAUCCUGCAUGACACUGAAACUCUGCUUUUAGAUUCUCCCUGCUUGCUUUAUCAGUGUUGGGACUACAUUUCCCAUCCACCCCCUGCAUGACAAAUCACCACUGCUAUGACUACAAUGAAUUCAUCAUCUAUCAUCACGUCUAUAAGUGUUUAUAUAUAUAUAUAUAUAUAUAUAUAUAUAUAUAUAUAUAUAUAUAUAUAUAUAUAUAUAUAUAUAUAUAUAUAUAUAUAUAUGACCAUCCAAGAAUAUUUAUUUUAAGUGUUGAGGCCUUAUUGAAGAUUGAACAAAGGAGCUGAAUGUUCUCUGAUAGAACUUGAACACAACGUGGGUUGUGCAAAUGAUGAUAACCUUUAUACAGUGUCUUUGUUGCAGCACAAUGUUGUUUGCAAUGAAGCAUUUUCACAAUCAUAACUAUUAAAACAUCUUCAUAUAUACCAUAGUCAGUCAUCAGACAGAAGAAAAGCCUUAUUCACGGUGAUUAUGUCAACGCUGGUAAUAUUUAUCAGGCCGCAAUGAUAUGGUAAAUUUCAUUACAGGGAAUUAAUGGAACAGAGAUUUGAUGCAGAUAGAGGAAAGAUUUGUGUAUUAUAACAGAUUGUCGCUUCAAGGAAAGCCAAUGAAAGUACUUUUGUCUUGCACAUUUUCUUAAUAAGAAUGAUAUUUAUGAGGAAAUUGUACAAAGCUAGCUAUUCGUGAUAUUUUUAUAGAAAUGUAUUUGUGUCGCAUUGUCAAAAUGACAAGGAUUUGUAGGAUGCAGUAUGUAAAUGAUGUAUAUUUUAUAGGUCAGGUCAGGUCACUGCUGACGGUGCUAGCAGAUGUUGUUUUUAUUAAGGUUUUGAAUGUAAUAUGUGCUCAUUAAGCUAGGAAUGUUUUCUCUGGUUAUGCGUUUGUUAAAACUGGAAUUACUAGCUUGACAAGUCGGUUUAUAUUUCCGUGUGGGGAGCUGCACUAUUCUCAUCAGCAUGUUAUCAACCAGUGACAUUGGAUAAUGUAGUUAAUGCAUAACAUGCCCACAGACUUUUCAUGCUGUAAUGUUUAAAGGUGCCCUAGAUUCAAAAAUUGAAU